AUGGCUGGUGCUCUGACGAGAGUAAUUCAAGGAUCUAAAUCACAUUUGGGCAUCGUAGGCCCAUUAGUGAACAUCAACAAUGGAUCAGUCCGUUACCAGCAAACUAAGACGAAAUUUGGGCCCUUGGCAGACAGCGAUCGAAUCUUUACAAAUCUUUACGGUCGGCAUGAUUGGCGAUUGAAAGGCGCCCUCAAACGUGGAGAUUGGUAUAAGACAAAAGAAAUCCUCUUAAAAGGAACUGAUUGGAUUGUCAAUGAACUCAAAACAUCUGGACUACGUGGUCGCGGUGGCGCCGGCUUUCCUACUGGCAUGAAAUGGUCAUUCAUGAACAAACCCUCAGAUGGUAGACCUAAAUAUCUGGUAGUGAACGCUGACGAGGGAGAGCCAGGCACUUGUAAAGAUCGUGAGAUUAUGCGCCAUGAUCCUCACAAGCUGAUAGAGGGUUGUUUAAUAGCCGGCCGUGCAAUGGGUGCACAGGCUGCAUACAUUUAUAUAAGAGGAGAGUUUUACAAUGAAGCUAGUAAUCUUCAAGUUGCAAUUGCUGAGGCUUAUCAAGCUGGCCUAAUUGGCCGUAACGCAUGUGGCUCGGGUUACGAUUUUGAUGUGUUUGUGCAUCGUGGCGCGGGCGCGUACAUCUGUGGCGAGGAAACCGCGCUCAUUGAGUCCAUUGAAGGCAAACAGGGCAAGCCGCGUCUCAAGCCACCUUUCCCUGCUGAUGUAGGACUCUUUGGAUGCCCCACCACUGUGAACAAUGUUGAGACCAUCGCUGUUUCACCUACAAUUUGCCGUCGUGGCGGCUCCUGGUUCGCGUCUUUCGGCCGCCCACGUAACUCUGGCACAAAGCUUUUCAACAUUUCUGGUCAUGUGAACACACCGUGUACGGUUGAGGAGGAAAUGAGCAUUCCUCUUAAGGAGCUCAUUGAGAGACAUGCUGGUGGAGUCACCGGUGGUUGGGACAAUCUGCUUGCUAUUAUACCUGGCGGGUCAUCCACUCCAUUGAUACCUAAAGACGUGUGUUCGACUGUGAUGAUGGACUUCGAUGCUCUAGUCGCGGCGCAGACGUCGCUGGGCACGGCCGCCAUCAUCGUGAUGGACCGUUCCACCGACAUCGUGAAAGCUAUUGCACGACUCAUAAUGUUCUACAAGCACGAGUCCUGCGGGCAAUGCACCCCAUGUCGAGAGGGAGUCUCCUGGAUGAACAAGAUCAUUUACAGAUUCGUUGAAGGAAAUGCUUCACCUAAAGAAAUUGACAUGCUGUGGGAAAUCUCUAAGCAAAUUGAAGGGCACACGAUCUGCGCGCUGGGCGACGGCGCGGCGUGGCCGGUGCAGGGGCUCAUCCGCCACUUCCGGCCCGAGCUCGAGCGCCGCAUGGCGCAGCACGCCGCCGCGCACGGGCCCAGCCGCGCCGAGCGCCUCUACUGA